AGCGAGCUAGUAUCGCCCGAGCAAUGGUGAGGCGUGCACGUCAUGAACUCUAAAACAAAUCGACAAUAAUUCAAUCCGCAAAACGGUUAUACUCUGACGUGAUAUCGAAUAUUUGAUUUCAUUGAACUGUAUUUUUUUAAUUAUUUCGAAAAGUUAGAUUUCGUGACUCAAGUGCCGCUAGCUGGGGCCAACAGGAUGCUGUCUCUGUGGCAGACUUGGGGUCUCAUCGCGUGUAUUAGCGCGUGCGCUUUCGCUCAGCGCAUAGACCAGGAACCAUUGCUGUCUCCUCGUCCAGCGAGGGUCAGAGAUCGUGACGUCAAACCGGAUGAACCGACUUGUGACCAACUGAAAGCUAUGUGGCGGUUCUCAAAGAGGCAAGCUCGGGCUCCCGAGCUGAUUAACGAAGUACCGGCCGUGCCCUACCGUGACCCGCUGAUGUACAAUGAGUGGCCGGUCUACACUGCGAUGCCCCGCGCUGCUCCAAGAUUUCGAUACCAGUACCCGUCUAUCCCACGAGAGGCGUAUGGUCGGGUGAUCACUAAGGCGCCACCGAACGUGGUACGCACACCGGAUUAUGGCGAGAUGUUCGGAAUGUUGAACGUGCCACAUACUUCUGGAAAGAUCCUUCGGUACCCUGGACCGUCUCGACCUCGCGGUGGACCCACUUUCAUGGUACCACCCCAGAGGGACAGAUUCGAAGCUUUGAAGAAACUGAUCCGACAGGAACACGUCCGCGAACUACAAAGGAAAUACGAAACGGAACAAAAACAGGAGUUGAAAGAAAUUGCAGCUGGGCGAGGUAAUGACGAUUUUGUAUACGGAACCUACGGAGAACAAGAGCCACGAGGACUUCAGCCUUUAGAGUACGCCGACGAGCCCAGCGCGAGACAUGGAAAAAAACCACAGAGCGGCAGUCGUCAGGUAUCCCAAUUCUCUCGCUACUCCGAUGUGAUGCUGCCACCAGUACGUCGGACCUUUUACCACCCGUACCUCGACUACGUCAUUCCAGAGUACGUUCCCUAUGCCUACUGAAACAAUGGAACUUUCUAGAACGAUCUUGAACAUUCCAGAGGGAUACUUCCCUUACGUACAAAUACUAUGUGGGCUUUAAACUCCAAUUAAUAUAAUUAUCAGUAUUGAAAAGGCCAUAUCGAAAGCAUAUCCUCGCUUUCGCUUCUGACCCGAGCUUUCAGCGUAUCUAUUGCAAUAUUUUUAUAUUUUUAAUUUAAAAAAAAAACUGAGGUUUUCUCUGUAGAUAUGCGAUUUUUAACCCCUUUAUAAUCGCAUUGUAUUUUUAUAGAUAUAAGAUUGUAAUAGUAUUUUUCUUGUAUUUAAAAUCGGCUAUAGGUCGAUGUUAGAUUUAUAAUUCGUAGGCUAAAUCCUCUUUCGAGACAAUAA